UGUAAAACAAAAUUGUAUUGUUCCGAAACUUAUACAAAAUGCAGGAAAGCAAAAAAUAUAAAACGUGUUUUGUGCCUCAGUGUAUAAGUACAACAUUCAAAACACCAGAAAAGUUAUUUUUUUUUGUGCCUCAAACUGAAAACGUCAGGAAACAUUGGUUUCAAAUUGCGAGACGAAAUGAUACACCAUCAAUAAAAUCAAAAUUUUACUGUUGUCAAGAUCAUUUUAAUCUAAAGGAGGAUAUGGACAAUUAUGUAAGAUUUUGUUUAAUGGGAGCUCCUAAAAAAUUGAAACAGGGUAUAACACCGCACAAAUUCGACUGUCAACCUAAUCGAGUAAAAACUUGGAUACAAUCAUCUCGUUCUGCUUUAGAAAAGCUAACCAGGAAAAGAGAAAUUUCUGAGAUAUUGUCCAGCUCGGAAAAGGAAAAUUUAAAAUUGAGUAGCGAGGAACAAAUAUUAAACAAACGAAGAAAAACAAACACAAUUUUAGCAGAUUUAAGUAAUUGCAAUGAUUUGCCAUCUCAACCGAUCAAGGACUUUCUACAGGAUUCUUCUCAUGUUGAAAUAAAAACACAACAGAAACUUAUGGAACCUUAUCAGCCCGAAGAUUCGACAUCUCCGUCAGUUCAGAAUUUUUCAAAACAGUCUCGCGAUUUUGGAGUUCAAGUUCAGCAAAAUCUUGUGAAACCCCAUGUUCGAAGCAAAUCAAUUUUAUGCAAGCCUGAAAAUAAUAGUAUAUCUAUUAUGUGCAAACCAGAUGUUGCUGAUGCAACUGUACAGUGUGAUUUAAUUACUGGAAAUAAAGUAAAAAUACAAACUCAAGAUUUUUCUGACAAUACGAGUUCAGGUUUGCUAUCUUGUUCAACGAAUCCAUUGAGUACAAAUCCAUCGAGUGGAUAUAAACUUCCAUCUUCUCUCAGUGCAACUCAAACCUCUUCCGUUUGCAGCGAUGAUAAGAAACAAAAAAACAAAGUCAUGAAAGAAACGGCUUUAAAAGUAACUAAAUAUUUUAUUAGUAUGGAUUCGAAAAAAUAUACUGGUAUUACUAAUGACUGGAUGUGGAUUGUUAAUUUAUUAGAAUCUACGACUGGAUGUCCGAGUGAUAAUAUUCUUUUAACUUUAAUGAAAAUUAAAACAAAUGACACAUUCAGCAGAUUGGGCGAUCGUUUUGGAUUGUUAACUUCUCAAACGAGUAAAAUUUUUCGAAAAACUGUUAAACCCUUAGCUCAUUAUUUGAAAACUCUUGUCUUCUGUCCGAAUCCCACUCUGAUUAAAAAGAAUUUACCUAUCCCAUUUCGUGCGUCUUAUAAUCAGGUUUGCAUAAUAGUUGAUGCCUUUGAAAUCGAAAUCGAAAAGCCAUCUGAUCCAAUACAGCAAUCUUUAACUUGGUCAGAUUACAAAAAGUGCAACACUUUAAAAUAUUUGAUAGGAUGCACUCCAGAUGGAUUUGUUUCCUUCAUGUCUCCUGGCUACGGAGGUCGUACGAGCGACAUUGAAAUUUUCAAAGAAAGUGGAAUAAUGGACAUUAUUCCUGAAAAAUGUGGUGUAAUGGCAGACAGGGGAUUCAAGCAGAUUCAAACUAUUUUGAAUACAAAGAAAUGUAAAUUAGUGCGUCCUCCUUCUGUUUCUGCUUCCGUCAAAUCGUCAAAAAGUGAUGUACUGAAAACGAAGAGUGUGGCAAGUUUACGAAUUCACGUCGAAAGAGUGAUACGGAGAGUUCGAGAGUAUAAAAUGUUAUCACCACAUGCAUGUCUGGAUUGGAAUUUAAUACCGUACGUCGACGACAUUUCAAAAACUGCAGCAGGUUUAAUUAAUUUUCAAAAACCAAUUAUAAAAAAAUGA